CUCACCCAUCACUGCAAUUCCACCACGACAUCGGCAGGUCAACCUUCACUCACUCCACGCAGCUCGAGGUUCCUCGCUUAGGUGCACAGACGAGGAAAAAAAUUCGAGAACGGAGCUCAUGAAAAUGAAGGGCAUUUCUAGUCUAUUGGUCGUCGCACUAAUUGCAUCGACCGAAUGCACCUCUGGAAACAAAAUAGCACUCAAUUCAGUCCCCGAACCGAACAGUGUCGCUGACUUGGAGAAGAUGAUAUCAAUAAUGAUGGCAAAGAUUGAAGAGCUGGCAAAGAAUAACGCACAGCUGAAGCUCAACGUCGCACAGCUGGAGCGCAACGAUGAACACCUCAAAUCGCUCUUGGAGAAUAAGAUGGAAGAUAGACUCCAGUACCUGGAGGCCGUCACUCGGCAAAUAACGCCCCCGACGUGCGAGACUCUGGCCAGCCUGGGCGUGACGAGGACGGGAUCUUACCUCGUGGACCCAGAUGGGGUGCUUCGAGGCGAUCCACCCAUACGAGUGCUCUGUGACAUGAAGACAGAUCCGGUGUCCACCAUUGUUCUUCACGAUUCCAUGGGAAAUACGGAGGUGAAACACUGUCCGAAACCUGGAUGCUACCGUCGCCGCGUCGCUUACGAUGCGUCGGUAAAACAGAUGAAUGCAUUGAUCGAACGAUCGGAGUCGUGCAAGCAGGAAAUAAGAUAUGACUGUUAUUCGACGGCAUUGACGGUUAGCGGCACAAACUAUGCGUGGUGGGUGGACCGUCACGGCGAACCUCAGUACUAUUGGGCUGGGUCGCACGCAGGGAAACACGUGUGCAGUUGCGGCCUCACCGACAACUGCGUCGACCCUACUGUGCCGUGCAAUUGCGAUGCAGAAGCUUCCCAAUGGGAAUCGGACGUGGGAGCGAUCACCAACAGAACGGCAUUACCCAUUAAAGAGCUCCGAUUCGGAAACCUCCGGUUUAAAAGCCAGGAGGCGAAUUACACUCUUGGCGGACUGGUCUGCAUGGGUAAGGCUCCAUCGCCGAACAACCCUGCGGAGUCGUGCUCAUCUCUGCGCAAAGCCGGACACACCCGCACGGGCUAUUAUCUGAUCAGCACGAAAAAAGGGCGGUUGGAUGUCGUCCUCUGUCAAAUGGAUUUGGAAGACGCCGACUCGAGCUUCCAGCUGGACACGGGUGCACGUAUCGCGGAAAAGAGUGUCUCUUUCAAUGUCUAUCGCACAAGCGACUUGACCAGUCCUGGAAGAAUUCCAUUCGAAAGGACCGAGGUGAACAUUGGCAACGCAAUGGAUCCGAACAGUGGGAUUUUCACAGCAACCCUGGAUGGCAUUUACGCCUUCCAUUUCCACUUUUUAUCAUCCCUUGUGAAUAGAGAUACAAUGGUACAAAUCAGACAAAACGGAGCAACCAAGGGCAUGAUGUAUGCAAGUAUUGAUAGUGUUUGGCAUAAUUCAGGCAAUUCCUUCCUCUUCAGUCUCAAAUCGGGCGACCAAGUCGACGUCCACUUGGACAGAGGAGGACUUCAUUCGAUCUUUGCCCGAUUUGUGGGAUAUCUACUGUAUCCCAUGUAG